CGCUGAGAUUCGAAAUCUUCACUCAACUUGAAAGCAGAGAAUAAAUAAACCAUCAACAUGUCGUCUCGACGUCUCCAGACGAAGCCAAUGAUUACGUGCAUUAAGACUUUCCUCGUCUCGUACAGCCUCAUAUUCUGGCUCACAGGCGUGAUCCUGCUGGGAGUCGGGGUGUGGGGGAAGGUGAACCUGGAGGCCUAUUUCUCCCUGGCUUCUGAGGAAUGCACCAAUGCACCAUAUGUCCUCAUUGGGACUGGAGCCUUCAUCAUUGUUUUUGGCCUGUUUGGCUGCUUUGCGACAUGUCGUGGCAGUCCAUGGAUGCUCAAACUGUAUGCCAUGUUUUUGAUCUUGGUCUUUCUGUCUGAGCUUGUGGCCGGCAUCUCAGGAUUUAUCUUCAGACAUGAGAUGAGAAACAUUUUAGGCCUUACCUAUCAAAAUGCUGUGAGAAGCUACAACAGAGAUAACGACUCAGUCUCUUCAGAGGCCAUCCACAGAGUUCUCCAAAACCAGCUGGGCCACACUUAUGAAAACGCUGUGAGGCUCUACAACAAGAUUGACAGCAGCAGCUCUGCGGUCGACGCCAUCCAGAGAAGUUUGCAUUGCUGUGGAGUGAAUAAUUACACGGACUGGAGUGAGACAACUUACUUUGCAACGCAUGGCAUCCCCGCCAGCUGCUGUAGAAGUGACGCAGUGUGCACAGAAAAUAACUUGAGAGUCCUCGCCACGGCUGCGGACUUAGUGUACUCACAGGGAUGCUUCACAGUGAUGACCCAAACAGUGGAGGCCAACCUAGGAAUCAUCGCAGGGAUCUCCUUUGGGAUCUCUUGCUUCCAGAUCAUUGGGAUAUUCCUGGCCUGCUUCUUGUCUCGAUACAUAUCCAAGAACCAGUAUGAGAUGGUCUAACAUUUACCCUCCAAAGGUUAUCACGGGGCAGCUCCUGAUGAUGAAAAUGGAGUUAAAAGAAUAUACUGGGAUUUUAAUAUUGUGUGUCUGUGUAUGCGUUAUCAUUUUAGAAAGGGAAAACAUUGUGCCCCCUCGUUUCGUGUAGGCAGUCUCACCAAUGACAAACAAGCAGAAGGAAAUGACACCAUAGGAAAUUAAGCCUGUCAGUGUAUUGAGACCAAAAAGAAAAGGGACCUGAACAUUUUGGAUAUUUGCGUUACUUCAGGGAUUUAAUUGUGCCAUGUCCAUCUACAUCUAACGUUUCUUUGAGUUAAUUCCCACUACCAGUUUCUCGUAUCUUUGUAUAUUGCAGCUGCCUUAUUUUGUAAUGUUGCUGUAUUUCGGCAAAUGAAAUGUAGAUGAUAAGCUGAUAAAUGUUAAAUUCCUUUUGAUCACUAAGUGAAUGUGUGUGUGUAAAGCCAGUCAAGCCUCAGAUAACUGACUAUAGUCGCUCCCCUUGGAUUGAGUUUUGUCGUCAGUGAGAAACUUGAGAGUCGUGUGCAAAUUAAGCCUUAAUAAGGAUUGUUUAGGCCAGUAUUGUUGAACACCAGCAUUCCUGUCAUGUAGUUAUUCUUUAGUGGAUGCAUUUAAAAUAAAGAUGAAGAUACAUUAUCUUUAACAAAA